GUUAACAUAAGCCUUACUCAUAGCAAAAACGUUAUUUAAUCUGGGAUAGAAUGUAAACUCGAAAAUUCUAUCAACAAUCUAUAUUUGUUAUAAGAGGUUACACCUCAUCUGUUUCCCAAUCAUUUUUCGAAUAGAUCGAUAAUUGCGCGAGUUUUCUUCGAGCGCUGUAGUACUCAUAGUUACACCUUGACGAUUUCAUUCAAACAAUUCUAGAACUGGAUGCAAACGCAGUAGACAUGACGUAUUUCUGUUAAUACACUAUACGGCAGACGAUUUUUUAGUUGACUUGACAUCACACGCACCCCCACACACCAUCAGACGCACUUGCCUGCAUAUAGUGCACAGCUGUCAAUCAUAAGACUGAUUUCAGCGCCACGAUAUGCCGGUGGUCAGUGGAAUAAAUAGGCUGGGACGCCUUUUUCCCUCCCAAUAUUUCACAUCUUCAGAGUUGCGCGGUUUAUGAGACGCCAGCAGCAUCACACUCACACUACACCACUACACGCUACAAACAACCGCCGACGAAGAGACAACCUGAAAAAGUAGAUAUUACGUAGAGGAAUAUAAAACACGUCCUAAAGAUGCCGACCGACUUCUACAUUCGAUACUACGUCGGUCACAAGGGUAAAUUCGGCCACGAGUUUUUGGAGUUCGAGUUCAGGCCGGACGGCAAAUUAAGGUAUGCCAACAAUUCCAACUACAAGAACGACACGAUGAUCCGUAAAGAGGCUUACGUUCAUCAGUGCGUCAUGGAGGAACUGAAGAGAAUCAUUCAGGAUUCAGAAAUCAUGCAGGAGGACGACUCUCUCUGGCCUCAACCUGACCGAGUUGGUCGACAGGAGCUGGAGAUUGUCAUUGGAGACGAGCACAUAUCCUUCACAACAUCAAAGACUGGCUCGCUGUUAGAUGUUAACCAGUCGAGGGAUCCUGAAGGAUUGAGAUGCUUUUACUACCUCGUUCAAGACUUGAAGUGUCUUGUUUUCUCUUUAAUUGGACUGCAUUUCAAAAUUAAGCCUAUAUAAGUUCUUUAUGAUUCAUUGACUUCAGAUUUUUUGUUCAACUCUGUGACUGUAAAUGAUGUAAUUGGUAUAAUUUCAUAAAUUUAAAACACAUCAAGUCAUUUAUACCCAAGAAAUUCUAGUUUUCGUUUGAUAUUUUUGAGUAUAGAUUAUUAUUCAAUAAAAAUGUGUACUUUAUUAUUUUCAUAUUUGCUAUAGUAUAGCUUUCUUGUAAUACACUUCUAAUAAUUCUAAUAAAUGACUUUUCACAUUGACAUGUACUGUAUGAACUAUUGUUUUUCAUGAAUAAACAUCAAAUAAUUCAAUCAGAUA